UCGCGCGCUCUCGCGGGAAUGGUCGGCAGCUCCGGUGGCACAACUUCCGGCCACCGCCGGAAGCUUUGGCGCAGUGUGCCCAAUAGGCGGCGCCGCCUCGCACUGGCCCGGCCGGAGGAGAACGUGAAACAAAAGCGGGCGUCGCGUCGUCGACGAACCCCGAAAGGCAACCGUCACCGCGGCAGGAGAACCCAGAGGACCACUCGAGCCGAACCGCCGACGAUGCCGGCGAGGGCGGACGAGCGCGUCCCCCGACGAGUCCCGCCGGUCUCAGCCCGUCGCUCGAGUUGCUAACGCAGCUGCAAGCCGAGCCGAGCAGGGAUCAUGUCGUCGCCGGACGGAGAACUGCCGCCGCUGCCUCCGGAACUGUGGGUGUCGGUUCUGACCUUCCUGGGCCCGGCCGACAUGCAGGCGGUGCGCUGCACGUGCCGAGCCCUACGCCUGCUCGCCGACCACCCGUACCUGUGGCGGGGCCACACCGUGGUGCUGUCCGACCUGCGACGCUACACCUUCGGCUUCUGGGACACGCUGCGCCGGCGCAAGCUGACCCGCGUGGCCGUGCGCCACCUCCGGCGCAAGGAGUGGCGGCGCCUGGUCAAGUUCCUGCCGACGCUCAGCGCCGUCGCCUUCGUCAACGGGGGGCGGGUCUACAAGCAGAAGUACCUGGACCACCUUCUGCAGUUCGCCGACGUCCGGGAGCUGGCCGUGCGGGACGCCACCUGGUCGGAGCCCAUGCUGGGCCCGGUCCUGAGCGCCCACCUGAGCGCCCAGCUCACCCACCUGAGCGUCUGCAACGUCCGCCUGCGCUCCGCCGCCGACUUCGUCCGCUCGUUGUCCGGCCUCGGCAACCUGCGCUAUCUGCUCUUCCACCAGCAGGGGGAGGGCUGCGGACUGGAUCGGGUGCGACCGGUGCCGCGGGACGACUUCCACCGCAUGAUGGGCGGCCUGCCCAAGCUGACGCACCUCUCGUGGGGGAUGAGGGGCGAGCCCCAGGAGCCCCUGCCCGACGACUACCUGAGCCCCCCGGACCCGCGCUGUCCAGGGUCCCAGUACGGGGGUCCGACCCUAACCAGUCUGGAGUUGGUGGACUACCCUGAGGCCAUCCUGCCCUACAACGCGCUGAGAAGUCUGACGUCCCUGCGCUCGCUGACGGUCCACUACCGCUACAUUCGCGACGGCUUGGACUGCCGCCUGGCGUCCUGGCUGGCGCCCCUCAAGCGUCUGGAGACCCUCAGCAUCGUAGGCGGGAACUCGCUGUCGCUGUACACCAACACCAUCCCCGCUGGCGUGACGCGGCUAACGCUGCGCGUGGCAAUCACGCUGAAGGACUUGGACUCCAUCGCGCCCAAAGUUCUGACCCUUGAGCACCUGGAUAUUGAGCAGAACCGCUCCAGCGGAAGCCUGUGCAGACGCAUCCCCAUGUUGUUCCCUCAGCUGCGGACGCUGCGCAUACGGUUUUUCCGCCGCGAGCCCGAGAAAGACCUCCUGAGCCUGCAGCGUCUUCGCCACCUGGAGCGUCUGGAGCUCCUGGUGGAGCGCUCGUUCAUACUGCGGGACUACCUGAACGGGCACCCGUGGCCCAGCCCCUGCGUCCAGGAGCUCAUCGAGCAGCUGGUGCAGCUGUCGGCCAAUCGCAUCACCGUGGUGACCGCCAUGCGCCGCCGGAACCCGCUCAGAGAGUGCAACUGUGUCUGGGAGGGGGACUGAGCGCCGACGGGAACGCGCCCCCGACAACUUUGACGGACCCCGGACUAUGUGACCGCCCGAGAUCUCCGGACUUUUUCCGUCCCGGUAGGACGAAGCAAGACGAGAACUUACGAGACACGAAAAGAGUACCCCACGGGAGGAGGAGACGUACGACGAGGCAAGCGAAGAUGAGCUCGGACCGCGCGAUCGAGGACGUAACUGAACGCGGCAGAACCUAGAGAACUGUCGACGAGACGGUUGUCAAGGAAACGUACUUGGCGCUUUAAAAAAAAAAAAAAAAAACUGGGCUCGCUUUUUGACCAUAAGCGAGAGCUCAACGGCUCCCCUAACCAAAGUCUGCUAGCUGAAAGCUAACAUUUCAUGUAAAAAGCAUGCAAACGCGGCUUGGGAUGGCGCGCAACCUCCAGACAAAUAAGCGCUCUAGCGCCAUAUAGUGGCAGAGCUGACAAACGGACAGGAAGUCACCGUGGGAAAGGAAAAACGCCUUUGAUCGGCAAGUUUUUCCAAAAAGGUUCGCGUGCUUUCUCGACUGGUGUCAAAAUAACAAUUUUGUUAACAUUGUCGGCUUGAGCCUCCUUCGUAGGAAUUGGACGACGUACAUGGGCGUGGAAGUCCUUUUCGCGUUUCCCCUGCGGGCUUUAAUUCUGAAAUUUAGGAAGUCAUUUGGGAAUCUAAAGUCAACCUUUGUUCGUGGUUAGUAACAAAAAUGCUGUCAACGUUAUCAUUUCUGAUAUUUGGGUACAAGUUGACGCAGAUGAUUUGCCUCGGCGGGCCCAGAUCCGGAUCUGCCCCCCGGCCGGGCCUUGAGUUGGAUGUUGACUAUUUUGAAGUUGAAAUGAGUUCAAGUGACGAGAGUGCAUUUGGGCGCGAUGUCGGUCGGACCUUGUUCCCAGAGAUGAAAAGUGGAUCUGAAUUAUUUGUUCGUGCUUUGGUCAAAGUGAAUAAAAGGCACCACGCCUUUUA